ACGUGACCUGCACCUACAGAUCCACCUGCAUCGACCAACCUGAUUUCCUGGCCACCGUGGACCUCAACCCCAGGUCUCCCUGCUAUGGCCAGGUGAUCCACCGGCUGCCCAUGCCCAACCUCAAGGACGAGCUGCACUGCUCGGGGUGGAGCUCUGGCUGCGGCUGCUUUGACGCUGGCAGCGCCAGGAGGAACAAGCUGGUGCUGCCCUGUCUGAUUUCCUCCCGCAUUUACGUGGUGGAUGUGGGCUCCCAGUGCCGGGCCCCCAAGCUGUGCAAGACGAUCGAGCCGGUGGACGUGUUCUGGAAGUGCAACAAGGGCUACCUGGCCGUGACCCACAGCCUGCCCAACGGGGACGUGCUCAUCGCCAACACGGGAGACCCCGCGGGCAACGGCAAAGGUGGCUUCGUGGUGCUGGACGGGGAGAGCCUGGAGCUGAAGGGCAACUGGGAGAACGAGUGCGAGGCCCCCCCGACGGGCUACGACUUCUGGCUGCAGCCGCGGCACAACGUGCUGGUCAGCUCUGCCGGGGCGGUGCCCAGACGGGCGGGCCGGGGCUUCAACCCCGACGACCUGAAGAAAGGGGUCUUCGGGCGCCGCCUGAACGUGUGGAACUUGUCGUGCCGCAGCCUCACCCAGUGCUUCGACCUGGGCGAGGACUCGCUGCCCCUGAGCGUGAGAUUCCUGCACAACCCCGACGCCGCCGAGGGCUACGUGGCCUGUGCCCUCAGCGGGGUCACCUACCGCUUCUACAAGUGCGAGAGAGACAACUGGGCCGUGGAGGAGGUGAUUCGCAUCCCGCCCAAGGAGGUGUCGGGCUGGAUCAUGCCCAAGAUGCCAGCCUUCACCGUGGACCUGCUCAUCUCCCCGGACGACAGGUUCCUGUACCUCAGCAACUGGAUCCACGGGGACAUCCGGCAGUACGAGCUCUCCAAGAACUGCAAGCCCCGGCUGGUGGGGCAGGUGUUCGUGGGGGGCAGCAUCCUGCGAGGGGGCCCCGUGACCGUGUGUAGGGACGAGGAGCUCAAGUGCCAACCCGAGCCCCUGGUGAUCAAGUGCAAGCGGAUUUACGGCGGCCCCAGCAAGCUGCAGCUGAGCCUGGACGGGCGCCGGCUCUACGUCACCAACUCCUUCUACAGCACGUGGGACAAGCAGUUCUACCCCACCAUGGUCAGGGAGGGCUCCGUGAUGCUGCAGAUCGACGUGGACACGGAGAAGGGAGGCCUGGCCGUCAACAAGAACUUCCUGGUGGAUUUUGGCAAGGAGCCCAACGGGCCCUGCCUGGCCCACGACAUUCGCUUCCCCGGCGGCGAUGCCACCUCCGAGAUCCUGCCCUAGGAGGGAUCCCGGGCCGGCUCCGCCCUUCCCUCCCCCUGCAGUGCCCCUGCUGGGAAAGGGCGCCGGCUGAGGGGCUUUGGGGUCCCUUUGGGGUCCCAGGUGAUGGGCUUUGGGGUCCCGGCUGAGGGGCUUUGGGGUCCCCGCUCCUCCCUCCGCUCCCAAUUCCCCCCCCCUGAGCUCAGGGAGCUCGAAUUUUCCCCCGGCCUUGUGCGGCCAAACCAGUGCGGACACACGAGCCCAGUUCCCAUUCCUGGCUGGCCAGGGUGGGGCCAGCCCGGGCAGGCUCCAGGAGUGAUCCCGGGCAGGCUCCAGGACUGAUCCCGGGCAGGCUCCAGGCUCCAUCCCGGGCAGGCUCCAGGAGUGAUCCCUGGGCAGGCUCCAGGAGUGAUCCUGGGCAGGAUCCAGAUUCCAGGCUCCAUCCCGGGCAGGCUCCAGGAGUGAUCCCGGGCAGGCUCCGGGAGUGAUCCCUGGGCAGAUUCCAGGCUCCAUCCCGGGCAGGCUCCAGGAGUGAUCCCGGGCAGGCUCCAGGCUCCAUCCCCUCGCUGGCUCCGUGCAGGGGGUGCAGCCCCAGCCCCGGGGCAGGUCCCGGCAGUGCCACACUCCUGUCCCAGCCCUGCCCUGCUGGUCCCACAUCCCCAGGGGCCCCGGGAAGGGGCUCAGCUCCCCGGGAGGCUCCCGAGCUCCUGGGCACAAAGGGCAGUGCCCGGUUCCAGCCAGU